AUGACAGCAGCGCCGGAAGCCGGGGCCGGGCUGCAGCAGCAGGUGGGAUUUGACACUGGACCCUCCUCCUGCUCACAGGCGGAGGCCACCAUGGAGCCGUGUGAGAGCGUGGAGAGAGAGGUGGACAAGGUCCUACAGAAGUUCCUGACCUACGGGCAGCACUGCGAGCAGAGCCUGGAGGAGCUGCUGCGUUACGUAGGACAGCUGCGGGCUGAGCUGGCCAGUGCAGCUCUCCAGGGAACCCCUCUCUCAGCCACCCUCUCCUUGGUGAUGUCCCAGUGUUGCCGGAAGAUCAAAGACACCGUGCAGAAACUGGCUUCGGACCACAAGGACAUUCACAGCAGUGUCUCCCGAGUGGGCAAAGCCAUUGACAGGAACUUUGACUCUGAGGUGUGCGGUGUAGUCUCCGAUGCAGUGUGGGACUCCCGGGAGAAGCAGCAGCAGAUCCUGCAGAUGGCCAUCGUGGAGCACCUGUACCAGCAGGGCAUGCUCAGCGUGGCUGAGGAGCUGUGCCAGGAAUCUACACUGAACGUGGAUUUGGAUUUCAAGCAGCCUUUCCUGGAGUUGAAUCGAAUACUGGAAGCUCUGCACAAACAUGACCUGGGACCGGCGUUGGAAUGGGCCAUCUCCCACAGGCAGCGACUGCUUGAGCUUAACAGCUCGCUGGAGUUCAAGCUGCACAGACUGUACUUUAUCCACCUCCUGGCUGGUGGCCCUGACAAGCAGCUGGAGGCCCUCAGCUAUGCCAGGCACUUCCAGCCCUUUGCUCGGCUGCACCAGCGGGAGAUCCAGGUGAUGAUGGGCAGCCUGGUAUACCUGCGACUGGGCUUGGAGAAGUCGCCCUACUGCCACCUCCUGGACGCCAGCCACUGGGCUGAGAUCUGUGAGACCUUUACCCGAGAUGCUUGUUCCCUGCUGGGGCUUUCUGUGGAGUCGCCCCUCAGUGUCAGCUUUGCCUCUGGCUGUGUGGCACUGCCCGUGCUGAUGAACAUCAAAGCUGUGAUUGAGCAGAGGCAGUGCACAGGGGUCUGGAGUCACAAGGAUGAGUUACCGAUUGAGAUUGAACUAGGCAUGAAGUGCUGGUACCACUCAGUGUUCGCCUGCCCCAUCCUUCGCCAACAAACGUCAGAUUCCAACCCUCCCAUCAAGCUCAUUUGUGGCCACGUUAUCUCCCGAGAUGCACUCAACAAGCUCAUUAAUGGAGGAAAGUUGAAGUGUCCCUACUGUCCCAUGGAGCAGAACCCAGCAGAUGGGAAACGCAUCAUAUUCUGA